ACUCGAUUCGAACCUGGAACCUGCGCUCGUGGGGCGGACCCCGUACCGAUGUCGCCUCCCCCGUCGUCGAUGUCUGCAUCGUCACCGACCUCGUUCCUGACCCGGAGACCCAGACCCUGCGCGACUACGAAGUCGAGGACCCUGCCCUGGGCAAGAAGGUCGUUGUCCAGAAGAAGAACGACACUGCCGACGGCGCCUUCUCCGAGUCUGCCAAGGCCGACACCAAGACCGACCUCGACGAGAUUGUCGUCAUCCGCGAGCGCGACGAUGAUGCCUCGACCCUCAAUGGAGAUGCCACCCGCCGCAACUCCAUUGCCUCGGAGCCCGAGUCGUCCGCGCCGACGAUGGCUCCCUCGUCCAGCGUGUCUCCCUUCUUCACUCCGGAACCAAGAUCGGACGCGCAGUGAAAACCUCAUAGCCAACUCCGCCGCCAAAGCCAGCCGCCGUUCGCACGACUUGGAUGUGUGUAUAUUAUGUGUAUCCCGCGAACACCAUGCUUCGUUGUUGGUUUGUUUUUUGCCUCACGUUCUGUGGAUCACACAGAUCCAACAGCUUCGCAUUCCAUGCUCUACCGAGCUUCGAUCCAGCUAUCGACAUUGCCACCACCACCGCCAUCUCAACCACCACCGCCAUCUCAACCACCACCGCCAUCUCAACCACCACCACACAUCGCACACCGCACCUGGUUCGAAGCUCCAUGCUUUAGUCUUGUAUCGUUUCCAUCUCUCUCUCUCUCUUGCGCUCUUCCUCUCUCUCUCUUUCUCUCUCUCUCUCUGCGAACCGAUGCGUCGCAAUCUAUGUCCUUUUCUAUCUCUCUCGCUCGC